UCAACCCUCAAAGCCAGGCAGGUCCUAAGCCUCGGAAAAAAUGCUGUUUACAUGAACGUCUUCACGUUGUGGAUUUUGCUCGGGGGCUAUUGGAUUUGACAGGAGCACAGGAGCACUACAGGUUAUGGACAUUACAGAGCAAUCCAACUUGAAUUUCUGAAUGAGUAUCAUAUGUUCAGGUACCAUGGCUGCUAUUCAUCUCAAAUAUUUGCUGCUCCCCAACCGGGCAGAAACUUGCUGCUCCUGAUCUGUAGAAAGCGAAACUCAGCUGUCACUUUUGCUAAAAACAGAGGUACUGGAUAGCAGACACACCUUUGUGGCAGUAUUUGUUAUAUAAAACAGAAAGAUGCCUGUGGUUAAGGUGGAGAAAGAAUCUCUGUCAAAUGACCCUAAAACAGCUCUCCCAGCAUCUGACCCUCAGACAGCCGACCCCCCCAGAGGUCGGAGGAGGAAGAGGCCCUUGCAGAGGGGCAAGCCUCCUUACAGCUACAUCGCCCUCAUCUCUAUGGCUAUUGCAAAUUCCCCAGACCGCAAACUGACCCUGGGCGGCAUCUACAAGUUUAUCACGGAGCGGUUCCCCUUCUACCGGGACAACUCCAAGAAGUGGCAGAACUCCAUCCGCCACAACUUGACGCUCAACGACUGCUUCGUGAAGAUACCUCGGGAACCCGGGAGGCCGGGAAAAGGCAACUACUGGGCUCUAGACCCCAAUGCAGAGGACAUGUUUGAAAGCGGAAGCUUCCUAAGACGGCGUAAGCGGUUCAAGCGCUGCGAUUUCACCACUUAUUCCUCCUACGUUCAUGACUCACCUGUAUAUUCGCAAGUCCAGAUAACUUGUCCCACGUACGCCGGGUCCAUCUACCCAGGCAAUCCAUAUGGGGCGCAGCUUUCUUCACCCUACUACCCUCCUUCUUCUUGCACCUUUGGCUCAGCCCAGUCUAGGGUCUUCAGCAUCAACACCCUCAUCGGAUCCCAUGGUGGUCUGGCCCAAAGUCCAGAGAUUCCGAGUCAGCAGUCUUGCCGAAGUUUCAGCCCCAACAACGGCAGUCCAGGGUUUCAAGUCCAGCCGUGCAAUGGAUCCGCAGUGCUUUCACGCCGGUCCACUUCCUCAGGUCACACAGGGUUCACGUACCCCAAUCCUGGGUCUCACGGAUACACCCAAGCUCAGGGACCGUAUGUCCAGAGCAGUGGCCAAGGAUACGGUCCCACUGGACGACUAGGGGUCACUGGGUCACCCCCAAUGUCUGGAGAUGCUGUCAGUGACCCAUAUGGUAGAACAUCCCCUGGACAGCUUGGAUCUUUUGGCCAAUACAAUAACACCUGCGUGUCAGGCAGCUCGGGAGGAUACAUGAGACACCCGACUUACCCACCAAGCAUGGACAGGUUUGUGUCUGCAAUUUAAAAUCAUGCUGAACUGUGAAGGUGCUAAUAAAACACUGCUGCCUGUGAUGGUACUGUGACGCCCCAUGUGGUUACAAACAUGAUUAAAAGGACAUACAACAUGGUUAUUCAUGUAAAACAAUGGACAAUAACGACCAUUCCUGAGGCGAUGGAAAUGAUAUUUUACUGCAUGUGGCAAAGCCCUGCAUGUGUGAAUAACGCAAUCUAAAGAAUUAUUUAAGAACCUCAUUUUGCACCACAAACUGUUACUUCUGUGAGAUCAUGAAAAUCAAUAGACUUCUUUCUUUAACCGCAGUUAAAGAAUUGCUUAAGCACGUUUUGCAGCAUGGUUACUUUUGUUUAGUGAUUAACGAUGUUCUCAGUUGACCGUUCCUGAGGGGGUGGAUGUAAACUUUUGCACCACGAAGCAAAAUGCAAUUUUACAAUAUCUCAGGUCAAGUGAACUUUUGAAAUAUGAAACAUCCAUCAUAACACCUCACUCACGUACUCUGAAAAUUAGCUUUUGAUCAUAUUUUCUAGCCCGAGCCUGGAAACAGAAAGGGCGCUGGAAGAACACAAAGCUCAUGUUGAUUAUGGAAAUGAGAACAAGACACUUUAGAUGUCGCUGUUUUUGAUCUGCAUGUUGCUGUUGUGAAAUGUGUUCAGGUGUGUUUCUGUACAGUCACUGUUUUGUUGCUUUCUACAAAAAGAAACCAUUUUCACGGCUGAUUAUUAUUGUGUA